CUAAAAUCUGUUAAAAUUUUUGGAAUGCUUUAAAAUGAGAAGAUUGGAAGAAGAUUAAACCCAAACGCAAGACUACAACCUGAAGUGCAAAGAAAUAUUUACCAUCAUCUUCAUGGUAAGGUUAUUAAGGCAAGAAUGAAUGGCGUAAAAGUUUAAUCAAGACUUUUGCGUGCUCGAAGCCCGCAAGGAAGUCGACCCAUAAUCCUCUGAAGCCUGUAAAUUUAUUAAAUUCUUGGAGCAAGCACAGCCUGCGGUGUGGGUGAAAGUGUGUGUGUGUGUUUUAGAUCAGAAGCAAUCCUGGGAAAGCACGGAGAGUUGGUGUUGGAUGGAAUUUUCGAUUGCUUCCAUGAAAUCGCGGUGGCGCUUGCUUUCGGUAGGAUGACGGACUCUGCUUACCGGGUCGUUACCACGUCCCGUCUCGCUCAAUGGCGUAUCGACGAUUUCAGCUCUUCUUACCGAAAAUCCGAUCCUUUCAAGAUCGGCAACUGGAACUGGCAUUUAGUUGUGGAAAAGAAUCGAAAAAUAUGGUUGAUUAAACUCUUCCCAGAGAUACCAAAGUUAGCUGGAGACAGUCCUCCUCCUCAUCCGGUUGCUUCCUUCGACAUUCGUAUAAUAUCCUUUUUGGGAGGCCGCAAGACUUUGGUUCAUCCAGAAGUUAGGGAUAAGCCGCUGCAUAGUGGUGAGGAUUUUAUCUGGGCGCUUGAGGUUCCAUUGACCGGGAAAUUCAUCAUUGAUGUUGAGUUUCUUGAUCUCAAGACUGCAUCUCCAGACGGAGGCGAGGAAGUAUUUUCGAUUUGGGUUGCGAGUGAAGGGUUCCCACACCCACAGAAACAGAACACAAGAGCAGUUUCUUCUGUUUCUCUUGGGCGAAUGUUAUCAGAAAGUAUCCACACAGAUAUCAUCAUUCGUGCUUCGGAUGGAAGCAUUGGGCCCACAGGGCGGUUCUUGCAGCCCGUUCACCGACUCCAUCUUCUCAGAGCUGCUGACAAGUAUGAUGUUUCAGAUCUCAAAGAUGCAUGCCAAGAAAGCCUGUUACAAGAUAUUCACGCCAACAAUGUUCUUGACAGGCUCCAGAGCGCUUCUCUAUAUCGUUUGCCAAUGCUCAAGCUCGGAUGCCUUGAGUAUCUUGUCAAGUUUGUAAAUACCGGCUAA